AUGCUCUUGUCAUUAGUCUCUAAAUUAGAAGCAGUCAUAGUUGUUGCUCUUGUCAUACAUAUGAUUGGAGCCGUCUAUGGUUCUGGUGCUGAGUCAGACCGUCUUGCGUUACUGGAAAUCAAAUCAAAGAUUACAUAUGACCCUCAAGGUGCUUUGCCAUCCUGGAAUGAUUCUCUUCCUUUUUGCCAAUGGAGAGGAGUGACAUGUGGUCGCCGCCACCGAAGAGUCACAAUGUUGGAACUACCUGACUUGGGUUUAGUAGGCUCUUUAUCUCCUUAUCUUGGUAACAUGAGCUUCCUCCGUUACAUUAACCUUGACAGCAACCAACUUCAUGGAAGUAUACCACCCGAGAUUAGUCGUUUAUACCGGUUACAAUCGUUAUCCCUUUUCAACAAUUCAUUAACUGGGGAAAUCCCGGCCAACAUGUCAAGCUGCCCAAAACUAUCAUUAAUCGAACUAGAACGCAAUAAGCUAUCUGGCAAAAUUCCAAAUGCUUUUAGUUCUAAGUCAAUGAUAACUUUCUUAUCCUUAUCCAAAAAUGACUUCACCGGUGGGAUUCCACCAUCGCUAGGCAAUCUCACAUCUCUUGAAAUACUCAUUCUUACUUAUUGUCAACUGGGAGGGAAGAUUCCUGAUUCCUUGAAGCAAUUAAAAAAAUUACGAAAAAUAGGCCUGGGAGAAAAUGGUCUCGUUGGUGCAAUCCCUUCAUUUUUCUUUAACCUUUCAAUGUUAGAAGUUCUAUCUUUUCCAGAAAAUCAACUUCAAGGCAGUCUACCCUCCAACUUAUGUUUGAGUCAACCCCGUCUGAAGUGGAUAGGAUUGCAUACCAAUAACUUCACCGGAUUCCUUCCACCAUCCAUAUCAAAUUGUUCAAAGUUGGAAAUCCUUGAACUAAAUUUUAAUGAUUUAAACGGGAAAAUAGCUACGGAUUUUGGAAGACUACAACAUCUUCGGGAUUUAUCUCUUGGUGGCAACAAGUUCGGAAGCAAGGAUCACGGUGACAUGAAUUUUUUCCAUUCUUUGUCCAAUUGCAGCAAUUUAAUACAUUUGGAACUUUCCUAUAACCAAUUAGGAGGGGUACUGCCAAGUUCAAUUGGGAACUUCUCAUCCAAACUGUCAUCCCUAGGGUUGGAUAGUAACUAUCUCUCAGGCACCAUCCCUUCAUCUAUACGCAAUUUGUUAGGCCUAACCGCAAUUUCUCUAGGUUCAAACGGCUUCACAGGCAUGAUUCCUGAAAGUAUUGGUGAGCUUCAAACCUUGCAAAUACUAUUUCUUCACAACAACCAUUUCUCUGGUGUUAUUCCAAGAUCUAUAGGAAACUUGUCACUUUUAGUUGAAGUAACAUUAGCUGGAAAUAGUUUGGAAGGCACUAUACCCUCGACUAUUGGGAGUUGGAAACAAGUUAUAGGUUUGGAUCUUCAGGGGAAUAAACUAAGCGGGAGUGUGCCCAAAGAACUAUUCCAACUGUCUUCACUUUCCAUAUCAUUAAUUCUAAGUCAAAACAAUCUAUCUGGAGCGCUUCCACAAGAGAUUGGCAAUCUGAAACUCUUAGGAAUACUUGAUUUUUCUAUGAAUCGUUUCACAGGUGAACUUCCAAGUAGUUUAAGCAGCUGCGCCAGUCUUGAAAACCUGAACCUUUCUAGUAAUCUCUUUUAUGGAUCACUGUCGGGAUCAUUUAGUUCUUUGAAAGGCCUCGAAUAUAAGCUUUCUAUUCGUGUUAUUGUAGCAAUUUCACUAUCUUCCACCAUUGCAGGUUUAGCUCUCUUGUCCUUUAUCUUGUUUUACUGUUGCAUAAAAAAGAAGAGAGAUAAACCAUCCGAAGCAAGAAUAUUGGCUGAAUCUUUUGAGAAGAUAUCAUACGCAAGACUUUUCAAAGCAACGGAAGGGUUCUCUGCAGAAAAUCUGAUUGGUACAGGUAGUUUUUCCUCGGUUUACAAAGGAGUUUUUGAUGAAAAUGGCUUCACUGUGGCAAUCAAAGUACUAAACCUUCUACGCCGAGGAGGUUUUAAGAGCUUUAUGGCUGAGUGUGAGGCCUUGAGAAACAUUCGUCACCGCAACCUGGUGAAGGUCAUAACAGCUUGCUCAAGUAUCGAUUUCCAAGGCAAUGAUUUCAAAGCUUUGGUGUACGAUUUCAUGCCUAAUGGGAAUCUGGAGAGCUGGUUGCAUUCUGUAGAUCGUACCUUAGAUCUUGUUCAAAGAAUCAGUAUCAUCAAAGAUGUGGCUUGUGCUCUUGAUUAUCUCCAUUGUCGUUGUGGAAAUGUUAUCGUUCAUUGUGAUUUGAAGCCGAGCAACAUAUUAUUGGAUGCGGAUAUGGUUGCUCAUGUUGGAGAUUUUGGUCUUGCGAAAAUACUUUCCCUUGAAGAAGGUUCUUAUGCAAAUGCGAGUCGCUCAAGUAUUAUUAGAGGAACCAUUGGGUAUGCACCUCCAGAAUAUGGGCUUGGAAAUGAAGUGUCAACCAGUGGGGACAUGUAUAGCUAUGGGAUCCUAUUGUUAGAGAUGUUGACAGGGAAAAAACCUGUUGAUCCAAUGUUUGAAGGAGGGCUAGGCCUGCAUUCCUAUGCUAGGAGUGCCUUGGCAGAUGGUUGUGUGCUUGAGAUUGUGGAUCCAGUGCUUCUAAGUGAGGAUGUCAAUGAAAAUUGUUUAAUUUCACUGGUAAAAGUCGGUGUGCAAUGCUCUUACGAGUCUCCACAAGAUCGAAUGGAUAUUGGGAAUGUUAUUCAUGAGCUCUUCGGGAUAACGUUUGCAAGUAGAUCUUAAUUUGCUAAACACCCACGAUGCAAGUGGUGCGACCUGAUGUUCGGGUGUGUGUGUGUGUGUGAACAUUGAUUUCUUAUCCAUACAUGUACUUGCUGUCUUCCAUAUGAAUCAAUAAACAAGAUAUAAUGUUU